CAGGAAGUGACGUCAGGCGGCCGCGGAGAUGGACGACUUGCUGGACCUCGGCGAGGAGCGGCGCCGCAGCUCGGCCACCUCCGGGGCCAAGAUGGGCCGCCGAGCUCAACAGGAGUCAGCUCAAGCCGAGAAUCAUCUCAGUGGCAAGAAUUCCGCUUCAACUCUGACUGCAGAGGCUCCCCCUCCCAAACCACCCCGCCGGCAAGGAGGCUGGGCAGAUGACUCCAUGAAGGCGUCGAAGUCAGGAAGGAGGGCUUCUGAAGAAAUAGAAGAUCACCGCCUCAGACAGCACAGCCUGGAUGGAUCAGAUGACGGAGGAGACAUUCCUGUUAUUCCGGAUCUGGAAGAAGUGCAGGAAGAAGACUUUGUUUUGCAGGUGGCAGCGCCUCCCAGCAUUCAAGUGAACCGCGUGAUGACCUACCGUGACCUGGACAAUGACCUCAUGAAGUAUGCAGCCUUUCAGACCUUGGAUGGAGAGAUCGACCUGAAGCUCCUUACCAAAGUCCUCGCACCGGAGCAUGAAGUUCGAGAGGACGACGUCAGCUGGGACUGGGACCGUCUGUACACUGAAGUGUCCUCAGAGCUCCUCACCGAGUGGGACCUGCUGCAGACAGAGAAGGAGGACCCCACGGGACAGCCCACAAAUACCUGAGCCCUGGGGGGGGGGGCGACAGACCACCCUCCCUGCACAGAAUAGUCUCUGCUUUGGACUUGAACAAAUGCAACAAGCCUAAAACUAAAGAAGUUUGCAAGCAGCUUAGAAUUUUUGUAUGGAAUAUUUUGUAAUAAAAAUAGUUCUUUUCAGAGGACCACCUUGGAUCAUUCAGUUGUAAUAAAUUGCUUUUUUCUGUG